AUACCAUCCGUGCAACCAUACUUACAAAACCCUAACCCCCAAAACCAUUCUCCCAUCAUCUCAGUGAUCUCACCAUCUCCAAUGGCUUCUCGCUUCCGCUCCAUAUCCAGACCAACUCUCAACCUUCUCAAAUCCACCAUUACCACUUCCGCAUCCGCUCCCAAACCCAAAUCCAUGCCUUGUCUUCGUGCCCCUCUCUCAUCUCCAACACUCCCCAGGUCAAUUUCGCAAUUGGGUUCUCUUCAAUCUCUGCUCCCGCUGCACACGGCCAUCUCUUCGGCUCGGCUCACCUCGUGCCUGGGCGCUGACUCCAAGGGUUCGAGGUCUUUGUCCCAGGAACUAGGUCUCAGUGUGCCGCGAUAAGAGACUUAUAAAAGAAAGGAGAAAAGUGGCUAACAUUGUUGAUGAGGCUCUGAGCUUCUUCUCCUCCACAAUGAUGUGUUUUUGUGCGUCGGGAAUUUAUUUGUCAGAAUUAAAAAUGUGCUGGUGACGGAACUGUAACACUUGAAUUUUGGAAUAUUUCCCCAUUGACAUCGCUGCUUAUCUUUCAUCUUUAUGCACCUGAACAUUAUAUUUUGCAGCGACAACAUAGUACGCUGUUGUUUUGCUCGUGAAAUGUAUUUUCUAGAUUAAAAUGGAAGCCAAUUGCCAUGGAAUAAUGCCAACAAGGCCUCUCAUGGAAGUUUGAUAAUUAUGCUUCUGUUGCCGUGGAGUUUGAGUCAAUUAGUAUCCCAGAUUACAUCUUUUGCUGGAGAAUACUAGAAUCGCAGUGGUAGUUAUUUCAGUUCUUCUAAAUGAGAAGUAUAUGUUUGGAAA